AUGGCUGAACCUUUGAAUCUCAUGUUGAAAGCGAGAGAACUCAUUGCUACCUCAAGCCACCAAGGGUUAGAGAUUCUUCUCAAUCAACUCUCUUCACGUCCAGAAACCAUCGAAUUUCAAUCGGCUUCAGCUCUCUACAAUUUCUGCGCCGCUAAAUUCCCAUGUUGCUUAUUCCAAAUGCUUCUCAAACUCGAUCAAUCUUCUUCCAAUUGCGUCGUCAGAUUCCAAUCGAUCUAUCUCCUCUCCGAAUUCAGCAACCGCGGCUUCGAACUCCCUCUCGUCGCUCUCAACGACAUCAAGCCCCUUGUGAUUUCGUGCUUGAUGAUGAAAGAGACCAAAGAAUCCGACAUGAAGAUCUUACGGAGACUCGUGUCUUUCGUAGCUUACGAUGUUGUCCGUUUAGAUAAUGGUGGAUGGAACGAGCUCGGUGAUUGUAUCCUCUCGCUCGCAAUCACUGAGCCUAAAAAGGCUUUUCAUGUCUUCAUCGAUUUGCCUCCAUUCUACGGGGAAUUCAUCUACACGUUUAUGCAGGAAAUUGUGGAGAAAGCAGAGAUAGUGUUGAUGAAUCCUGAGCUAGAUAGAGUCGAAGAUUGGAGUUUGGGUUUAGAGACUCUUGUUAAAAUGGGUAUUCAGCUUUUGGAUUCAGAAAGGAGAUUAGAUUUGGUGAAGAAUCUUCUUACCAUUCUUGUGAAAUCGGCGAAUGAGUUAUUUGCCAAGGGAAUGGAACAGUUUCUGCUAAGAGGGCUUGAGAAUCUCGAGAGGUUCUUGUCACGAGACAAGAUUCAGUAUGGUUUCAAUAAGGAUCAAUGCCUUUUUGUGUCGUCUUUCAUGUUCAAGAUCAGAGAACUCGGAACACCGAUCAAGGAGGUUGCGAGGAAGAUCAAUCGGUUGGUUAAGUCUUGUCACAAUCCUAAUCAUGGAGCAGGGUUUGAUGGUGACUGGUUUGAUCAUUUGAACAAGUUAUCAUCACUUGAAAUCUUAAGAAUCUUUGCCUCGACUGAUCUCGAAGAGAAGUGUAGAGAUAUGGCAAUCAGACGGCUCAACCUCUUACUCUCUGAUCACACUUCAAAGAAAGUGGAGAUAGACGUUUCAGUGAUGAGACAACUCCAGCCAUUGCUCAUCACUUGCCUUUCGAAAGAAGGAAUCUCCGAGAGCAUGUUCAAAAUCCUUGGUGAGGUGGUGUACCACGUUGCGUAUGAGAUGAUGAACGUCCAAGAUGAAAAAUGGUUUGGUCUACGCGAUUAUAUUGUAUCGUGA